AUGUACAACAAGCAAGCGCAGCUGGGUCUUGGCACCCUCGGCGCGAUUCUGUGGAGCAUUCAGAUCUUCCCCCAGCUCUAUCAUACCUAUCGGCGAAAGACAACCGUAGGAUUUAGUGCCUGGAUGGUAGCGUCGUGGUGCGUCGGUGGUCUGUUCCUGGGAUCCUACAACAUCGUCUCUGGCGUCAACGUCGCGCUCAUCGUCCAGCCUCAAUGCUUUACCGUCCUGCUUUUGUGCUGCUUCGGCCAGUAUCUGCACUAUGAUUACGAUCCCAAGCGAUUCACUACGUUCACUUGCGCUGCCCUCGUCUCUGCUGUCUCUGCCCUCAUUGGCGGACUCGAAGUCGGUUUCGUCUACGCCAUUCGAGCAGGAAGACGACACGGCGUCGAUUGGCCCGCCACUCUAUUUGGCGUGCUCAGCCUUGUCUUCAUCGCAGGUGGCUUGCUGCCUCAGUAUUACGAGAUAUAUCGCUUCAAGCGCGUGCUGGGCAUGUCGUUCAUUUUCCUGUUUGUCGAUCUCAUGGGCGGCGUCUUCUCUCUGCUGUCACUGGUAUUUUCCCAGAGCUUCGAAGGACUCGCAGCGGGCAGCUACAUCGCUGUCAUCGCCUUGGAAGCGGGCAUCUUCCUGCUUGCAGCUAUUCUCAAUCCCAUCGCUGCUCGCAACGAGGAGAUGCGGAGCACCGAGGAUCUUCAGACUAGCACAGCUGGAGAAACGCAAGCUUCCGAGGCUUCAACGCUCGCUGAACGCGAUCACGGUGAUCUCCCUUCCUCUUGUACGAAAGUCGAAGCCAUGGCGGGACGCAGAUAG